UUCUCUAAGAUUUGGAAAACUAAAAAUGGUUACAUAUGUUAAAAACAACUUUUUCUUGGUUCCUAUAGUGUUUUUACUUCUUUUUGUUGUCUCAUCAUAUGCAAGAUAUAAUACGGAAGUUACAAAAAGUCAAAUCAUCGACAUCUGCACACAAAAGGAUAGAGAUAUCAAUGAAUCAGUUUGCUUUGAAGUCCUGGAUUCAAUCCCUGGAAUUGCAACACUGGAUUACUUUGACCUCGCCAAAUAUUUGAUUAAUUAUGAUUCUCGAAAAUUCUCAUAUAUGAUGAAGCAGUUCCAAUCACUCAAAAACAGCACAACCGAUCCCAGUUCUAAGGGUUCAUAUAAGAUGGUGGUUCCCUCAACGUCCUCUGAUUUGAUAGAGAUGGUGGUUCCUUCGACGUCCUCUGAUCUUGAUUCCAAGGCACUCAAGAGUAAAGCAAAUCUUGUGGUAUCUAAAGAUGGUACCGGUAACUACAGAACCAUAAACGAAGCGGUGGCGGCGGCACCGGUUUUCAGCAAAACAAGAUUCGUCAUAUACGUGAAAAAGGGAAUUUACGACGAGAUCGUUAAAAUUGGUAAACCGAAAACCAAUUUAACCAUCAUUGGAGACGGAAGAGACGCAACCAUUCUAACCGGGAAUUUGAGUGUCAAAGACGGAACAAAAUUUUUUCAUUCCGCAACAUUAGGUAAUAUAAUAUCUCUUUAUCUCUAA